CAGUCGUUCUGGCCUGCUCGGUCGAAGCACAGUGUACAGUCACGUCCUCGUCGCUUUUAACUCUCGCGGAUUUUGUGUUACUUUCAAAUUUUUCAGUUUUUUUUACUCACAACUUCUGUAAAAGUGACUCGUUAACCUUCAGGAUAUUAUUACUCAUUUCUCUUCAAACUGAUGGUCAUACUAUGCACAAUAUCCAGUGAGGUUAUAUCCAAGGCUUGUCAAACAGAAUGCGUUGGUUCAAGGCCCACACAGAGGCUCCAAGACUUCUCAGUUUAAGUCCACUUCGAGCUGAAGAAGACCUGGUUGGCGCAUCACAUCAUCUUCAUGCGACGAGAAGAUUUAGAGAUGAAGAUCAAGUUACCUGCGUUUAUUAAAUUGCGUCGCAGAUAUAAUUCAAGGACUACAACAUUAACAGGUGUAUUUACCAAAUACAUGUCACCAGUGCGAUGGGCACGCCGCAAAUCCUCAAGUUCAGAUUCCGAAAGGAAUUGCUACAACGUCCCAACCUCCCAAGUAACAACCGAACGAACUUCCAACAAAAAGGACAAAAAGAAGAUCCAGGAAGAAAGAAGACGAAUCUGCGAAAAACGAAACCCCCUAUUAGACAGAGUGAAAACCACACGAUUAAGUUUCCUCAAAGACCAGAAUUCCGACGAAGGGGAAGACCCUGACGAAGCCACCAAACCCGAAUUUCGUUCUAUGUGCGAGUUGAGUAGAAGAGGACUAACCAGGAAUGAUUUUAGAAGAUCCGUUUGUGAAACGGAGUUGAAGGAACUCACUGAGGAAGAAAAAACUCAGGUCAAAAGGAAGAAGCGUUCCAAAUCACAUAGCAGGCUUACAGCCAAGAAUCAAUCCGACGAAAGAUUUGUUAUUUUUGGUUUCAGAACCUCCACACCCUACAAAGAAGAAGCAAAACCUGAAAGUGUUGUAGAAAGUCCCAAGUCGCGACGUGGAUGGCGAAAAACUAAACCAACUGAAGAAGAACCAGCGAAAAAGGUCGAUGUUCUUGGAGAAGUCGAAAGUCCCAUUAGGGAGGGGGGUCCAUUUGAUAGUGUGACACCUUCCAGUUGCCUCGCAGCUAAAUUUCGAGCCAUGCAAGAUCGAUACUUGAAAAGCUCAACAAGCAAACUGAUAGCGAAGAUCUACAAAAAGGACAGCAAGGAUAGAGAAAGAAGAAGACUCAGAAGCUUCUCAUAUGGAACCCUGCCUGGUUUGGAAGAACUUCGAACGAAUCCUCUUUAUGAGGAUCAAGACCAGGAUGACAAUGAUUCUGGAAUUUUGGAUAAUGAUUCUGCAACUAGUAGUCUUUUGGAUGACAGAUGCAGUAGUGGAGCCUCGGAAUUGCUCACUAGUAUGCUGAAUGAGUCAUCUUCUUCGUCAUCUCCACCACCACCACCUCGACUUCCUCCCAGAAGACCAUCAGCACCAAUUAAUGAUUUAGAAAAAAACCUUCAAUUGUGCCAACAUGCUUCUGUUUUGGAAGCAAGUCCUGUGAUUGUCAAGACUGAAAAUCUUAAUGCCUUACCUGCUAAACCUUUUGCUCAUAAUGUUUGUCUAGGGAUUGAGAGGGAUCCCAUGAAGAUGCUUUGCCAAGCAGCUAACAAGGAAUUGAUACAGAGGCAGUUCGAAGUUAAAGAUCUUGAUAUAGAAAAGAAUUUAGGAACAAAUUUAGAAACGAAUAUAGAAAUUGGUAAGAGUCCUAAGUGUUUGAAAAAGGGAUUGCCUGUAAUUAGAAGUAGUUCCCGCACUACCGAAACAAUGGUUGUGAAAUUGCCUAGAAAAACUGCAGAUCAAUCUCUGGGGAUUUUUAUAGCUAAGACAGCAGAAUCAAGUCCUGGAUAUUUAGUCGCUCAUGUUGUUCCUAAUGGACUGGCUGAUAAAGAGGGAACUUUAAAAAUUGGGGAUGAAAUAUUGAUUGUGAAUGGAAAAAGACUGAGAGGAAUGACUAUGGCAGAGGCAAGAAAAAUUUUAGGGAAUGGUAGUGGUCCUGGGGUGGUGGAUAUAGUCAUCUCGAGGUAUAGUAAUGUGGAGCAGCCGCGAAGGCUGAAGGAGAGCAGUGUUGAUUACGAGAAUGUUAACAUUGAGAAUGGACAUGGUGUUAUUGUAGAAAAUUCUCCCAAGUCACACUUUAGGAAACACAACUCGAGACAUCAUCGAGACAGGAAGAACGAGUCGAACAGGUCGAUAUCUUCGGAGAAAUCCUGCACCACAAUUGACAGUGGUGCUCAGAGUGUUUCUAACUUUUGCACCUUGCCAAGAAGACCAAGAAGCACUGUUUCAACGUUUCAUACUGUGGUUUUUGAAAAAGGACCUGGGAAAAAGUCGUUGGGGUUCACAAUCGUUGGCGGAAGGGACAGUCCUAAAGGAAGCAUCGGCAUCUUUAUAAAAUCGGUUUUACCUGGAGGUCAGGCAGCCGAGGAUGGUCGAUUGCGAGCUGGGGAUGAAAUUUUGGCGGUCAAUGGCCAGGUCUGCCAUGACUUGACUCAUCGAGCAGCCGUUCAGCUUUUUCGCAAUACUAAAAGCGGUCCGGUCGCUCUACAUUUAUGCAGAAGAUCCAAACAGCGAGAUUUACAAUCAUCAAAAGCCAAAUCCUGUGCCGAUCUUCUCCUCGUCGAUACUUGAUUGAAUCAAGCAACGAGAUAAUGAGAACAAAAUUCGAUAUGAGUAAUGAAGCUUAUAUUUUUGUUGAAUGUAGAUAACAAUAAUGUACAUAUUGUAAAUUUGUAACAUACCAUGUGGAAAUAAAAGAAGUUAUUUAAUUUUUUCGUAA